CCAAUUAUACGAUAUCCUGAAGGCAGGGGGCGUUGUCGGUUGCUUCUCCAUCUUGUUUAGUGUCAUUUCGAAGUUAGAAGCGUUCGUUUACGGUUAAACUAUGGGGACCGGGACCAGAGAUGACGAGUACGAUUAUCUAUUUAAAGUUGUACUUAUUGGAGAUUCUGGAGUAGGAAAAAGUAAUCUCCUCUCCCGUUUUACAAGAAAUGAAUUCAAUUUAGAAAGUAAAAGCACAAUAGGAGUGGAAUUUGCGACAAGAAGUAUUCAAGUAGAUGGUAAGACCAUUAAAGCUCAAAUUUGGGAUACUGCCGGUCAAGAAAGAUACAGAGCAAUUACUAGUGCUUACUAUAGAGGUGCGGUGGGUGCCCUUCUGGUGUACGAUAUCGCUAAACACAUAACGUAUGAAAAUGUCGAACGUUGGCUAAAGGAACUCCGAGAUCACGCAGAUCAAAACAUAGUAGUGAUGCUGGUCGGCAAUAAAAGCGAUCUCAGACAUUUACGAGCUGUGCCGACCGACGAAGCCAAAGCUUUUGCAGAAAAGCAUGUACUUUCCUUUAUCGAAACUUCGGCGCUCGAUUCUACAAAUGUCGAAGCAGCUUUUCAACAAAUAUUAACAGAAAUUUACCGCAUCGUUUCGCAGAAGCAUAUCAAGAACGAAAGCGACGGAGACAAUUUUCCGUCAUACAACGAAGGAUCGAUACCGAUAUCUCCAACGGUGAACAUAGAAACGCAGAAGAACCAGCAUAAGUGUUGUCAAAAUUAAUUUUCUAUCCCACAGAGACAUUCUUCUCCAUCUCUCAAAAUGAUUCUCAAGUGGCUGCUAACAGUGAUCAAAUUUGUUUCGUUGUAUGGUUUACAUAUACAUGACACAUUUACUAUAUUAUACAUAUAUAUAUAUAUAUAUAUAUAUAUGAAUUUUGGUAACGAUUUCGUAUAUAAGAUUAUACAUGGUCUUCCUUCAGAUUUUACAACUAUACUAUACUUUUUCACUUACUGUUUUUUGUAUUUAUCUAUGAAAUUUACAGUAUUAGUAUCUUCACUUAACAUACUGCACAAUGCAGUAUUUUAUAUUGUUAGAUGAACAGACACACACACACACGCUGCUUAUUUAACUAAAUUCUUUUGUAGGGAUGGAGAAGCAACAUUCAAUUCUACAGUAUUGGCAAAAAAAAAAAUCUUACCCAUCUACAGUAUUGUAAAAUAUUUUUGUAAACAGACUGAACAACAAUUGUAUUUCAUUAAGACAAUUCCUUAUCAAAUAGUAACUUAAUCUCUUCCUGAUUUAACCUAAUGAUUUUAAAUACCAAAUAUCAAAUCGUUUAGAGAUAACACACUUUUAUAGGUAUCAAAUUGAACCGAAAUCCAUUCCUGCAAACGACACGCCAGUCUGUGUCGCAUUUUACGAAUACUGGACGCAUUCCAAUCAUCCAGGGACGACACAUCUCAAUUCUCCAGAAUAUUUAUAGCGUCUAGUCACAAACCAAAUGAUAUUCAUUUUGUUGUUGUUUACUUAUUAAACAUUAUUAUUAUUAUUAUUAUUAUUAUUUUUUUUUUCCUCCAGUAUUGUAUACAAAGGGGCCAAUCUUCUUGUAGACAUUUAGCAAUUUUGUGAUUUAAUUCAGAUCGUAUAUGUAUAAUGGGGUACGUGUUCUGUUCAAUAAAAUCAUUUUUUUUUUUUCGACAUUAA